AUGGGGUCUGUCGCUGGAGCCUUCCUCAAGAUGCUGUUCCUGUUAUCUACUCACAAUUGGAGCAGAGCGGAAGCUGGGAAUUCUUAUGACUGUGAUGACCCUCUCGUGUCUGCCUUGCCUCAGGUGGCCUUCAGCAGUUCUUCUGAGCUCUCCAGCAGUCAUGGUCCUGGAUUUGCAAGGCUAAAUCGAAGAGAUGGAGCUGGUGGGUGGUCUCCACUUGUGUCCAACAAAUACCAGUGGUUGCAGAUCGACCUUGGAGAGAGAAUGGAGAUUACCUCUGUGGCUACCCAAGGGGGAUAUGGGAGCUCCAACUGGGUGACCAGCUACCUCCUGAUGUUCAGCGACAGUGGCAGGAACUGGAAACAGUACCGACAGGAAGACAGCAUGUGGGGGUUUUCAGGAAAUGCAAAUGCAGACAGUGUGGUAUACUACAGACUCCAGCCUUCCAUCAAAGCUAGAUUUCUGCGCUUCAUCCCCCUGGAAUGGAACCCCAAGGGCAGAAUUGGAAUGCGGAUUGAGGUGUUUGGGUGUGCAUACCGAUCAGAGGUGGUUGAUCUUGAUGGAAAAAGUUCCCUUCUCUACCGAUUUGAUCAAAAAUCCCUGAGCCCAAUAAAAGAUAUUAUUUCUUUGAAAUUUAAAACCAUGCAGAGUGAUGGGAUUCUACUCCACAGGGCAGGGCCAAGUGGAGACCAUAUCACACUGGAGUUAAGAAGAGGAAAACUCUUUUUACUAAUUAAUUCAGGUGAUGCUAAACUGCCCUCCACUCAUGCGCCAAUCAAUCUCACCCUGGGCAGCCUGCUGGAUGACCAGCAUUGGCAUUCUGUGCUCAUCCAGCGUUUGGGCAAACAGGUCAACUUUACAGUGGAUGAGCAUAGGCAUCGUUUCCAUGCACAGGGAGAAUUCAAUUACCUGGAUCUUGAUUAUGAGAUCAGCUUUGGAGGGAUUCCAGCACCUGAAAAAUCAGUGUCAUUCCAAUAUAAAAAUUUUCAUGGAUGUUUAGAAAAUCUCUAUUAUAAUGGAGUUGACAUCAUUGGUUUGGCCAAGCAACAAAACCCACAGAUCAUCAGCACGGGAAAUGUGUCAUUUUCCUGUUCACAACCACAGUGGGUGCCUCUGACUUUUCUGAGCUCCAGGAGUUACUUAGCUCUGCCCGCCUCUCCCAGAGAGGAGGAAAUUUCAGCCAGUUUUCAAUUUCGAACAUGGAAUAAGGCCGGACUUCUGCUCUUCAGUGAACUCCAGCUGGUUUCAGGGGGUCUUCUCCUCUUGCUUAGUGAUGGAAAACUUAAGCUGAGUCUCCUCCGGCAGGGAAAAUUACCCAGUGACAUCACAGCAGGUGCUGGAUUGAACGAUGGACAGUGGCAUUCCAUCUCCUUAUCUGCUAAAAGGACUCACCUGAGUGUGGUGGUGGAUGGCCACGUGACCACUGCUUCUCCUUUGCUUGGGCCUGAGCAGAUUUAUUCAGGAGGCACCUAUUAUUUUGGAGGUUGUCCUGACAAAAGCUUUGGAUCCAAAUGUACAAGCCCCGUUGGUGGAUUUCAAGGAUGUAUGAGACUUAUUUCUAUCAGCAACGAGAUGGUGGAUCUGAUUUCAGUUCAGCAGGGAUCCCUUGGGAACUUCAGUGACCUUCAGAUAGACUCGUGUGGUAUCUCAGAUAGGUGUUUGCCCAACUACUGCGAGCACGGGGGYGCCUGUUCUCAGUCCUGGAGCGUCUUCCAUUGUAACUGUACCAACACGGGUUACACGGGAGCCACCUGCCAUACCUCUAUCUACGAGCAGUCAUGUGAAGCCUAUAAACAUAAAGGAAACACCUCAGGGUUUUACUACAUAGAUUCCGAUGGAAGUGGUCCACUGGGCCCAUCUCUUCUCUACUGCAAUAUGACCGAAACUGCGUGGACCAUCAUACAGCACAACGGCUCUGACUUAACAAGAGUCAGAAAUACUGACCCAGAGAACCCACACACUGGGGUUUUUGAGUAUGUGGCCAGCAUGGAGCAACUCCAGGCCACCAUUAACCGUGCGGAGCACUGCGAACAGGAGCUUGCUUACUACUGCAAGAAGUCACGGCUCGUGAAUCAGGAAGAUGGAACCCCUCUGAGCUGGUGGGUUGGAAGAACUAAUGAAACUCAAACUUACUGGGGAGGCUCUUCACCUGAUCCUCAAAAAUGUGCCUGUGGCUUGGAAGGGAGCUGUACUGAUGCCCACUAUUUCUGCAAUUGUGAUGCUGACCGCAGCGAAUGGACCAAUGACACAGGAUUCCUUUCAUAUAAAGAACAUCUGCCGGUAACUAAGAUUGUCAUCACAGACACAGGCCGGCCGCAUUCCGAAGCCGCUUAUCAGCUGGGACCUCUGCUCUGCCAGGGAGACAGGUCAUUUUGGAAUUCUGCUUCCUUCAAUACUGAGGCCUCAUACCUUCAUUUCCCUACUUUCCAUGGAGAACUUAGCGCUGAUGUGUCUUUUUUUUUUAAGACAACAGCUCUAUCGGGGGUGUUUUUAGAGAACCUGGGAAUUACUGAUUUCAUACGAAUAGAGCUACGCUCUCCAACAACAGUGACCUUUUCAUUUGACGUGGGGAAUGGGCCUCUCGAAAUCUCAGUGCAGUCUCCCACCCACUUCAACGACAACCAGUGGCAUCAUGUUAGAGUUGAAAGAAACAUGAAAGAGGCCUCCAUUCAGGUGGACCAGCUAUCCCCAAAGACGCAGGCUGCUCCAGCUGAUGGGCAUGUCUUAUUACAGCUCAACAGUCAGCUCUUCGUGGGGGGGACAGCCACCAGACAGAGGGGCUUUCUGGGAUGCAUCCGGUCUCUGCAGUUGAAUGGGAUGGCCCUGGAUCUGGAGGAGAGAGCCAUGGUGACUCCUGGGGUGCAGCCUGGCUGUCGAGGACACUGUGGCAGCUACGGGAAGUUAUGUCGCAAUGGAGGGAAGUGCAGGGAGAAGCCCAGUGGGUUCUUCUGUGACUGCUCUUCCUCUGCCUACACAGGGCCCUUCUGUUCCCAUGAGAUUUCUGCAUAUUUUGGAUCUGGCUCAUCUGUGAUUUACAAUUUUCAAGAAAAUUAUUCCUUAAGUAAAAACUCAAGCUCCCACGCUGCUUCAUUUCAUGGUGAUAUGAAACUGAGCAGAGAAAUGAUCAAAUUUAGCUUCCGAACAACACGGGCACCCAGCUUACUGAUUUACAUGAGCUCCUUCUACAAAGAAUACCUUUCUGUUAUCAUCGCCAAAAAUGGAAGUUUGCAGAUAAGGUACAAGCUAAAUAGAUAUCAAGAACCUGAUGUUGUUAACUUUGAUUUUAAAAGCAUGGCUGAUGGGCAACUUCACCACGUAAAGAUUAACAGAGAAGAAGGAGUGGUCUUUGUAGAGAUUGACGAGAAUAUAAGGAGACAAGUUCACUUGGCAUCAGGCACAGAAUUCAGUGCCAUCAAAUCUCUCGUACUGGGCAGGAUCUCAGAACACAGUGAUGUGGACCAGGAGACGGCACUGGCUGGUGCYCAGGGCUUCAUGGGCUGCCUCUCUGCAGUGCAGCUCAGCCAUGUGGCCCCUCUGAAGGCUGCUCUGCACCCCAGCCACCCGGCCCCUGUCACCAUUACAGGGCAUGUGACCGAGUCCAGCUGUGUGGCCCCCGCUGGCACUGACGCCACAUCAAGGGAAAGGACGCAUUCCUUUGCAGAUCAUUCUGGAACAAAGGAUGACAGAGAACCCCUCACUAAUGCAAUCAAAAGUGACUCUGCAGUAAUUGGAGGUUUGAUAGCGGUUGUGAUCUUUAUCUUGCUUUGCAUCACUGCUAUAGCCAUUCGCAUUUAUCAGCAGAAAAGGUUAUACAAAAGAAACGAGGCAAAAAGGUCAGAGAACGUAGAGAGUGCUGAGGCCGUUUUGAAAAGCGAACUUAACAUACAAAAUGCAGUCAAUGAAAAUCAGAAAGAGUACUUCUUCUGA